CUAUAUAAGUUUGGAACACCUCUGGUAGCUUUACUUUGGUCCGGUGCUGCUGUCCUUUAACCAGUCAUGAUCCUCCAGGCUGCUGCGCUCGGUGUCCUCUUCUGCUCUGUCCAGACUUUUACUAUACAGGGUCCUUUUGAAAAUGGCGAGGAGUACUCUGGCCACACGGUUGAGGAUGACGAGUUCAGUGUCUCCACGCUGUUAGAGAAGGCCAAUGUUAAUGUUGGAAAGAACCUCGACGAGCCUCUGGUGAUGUUUGGUGACAUAGCGGUGCCUACGGGUCUGCAGAACGCUGAUCCCUGCGUUACACGAGGCUGCCUGUGGCCAAAAGCCACUGAUGGCAACGUGUACGUGCCCUUCCGCAUCGCCAAUAGCUUUAGCCAAAGAGAGAGAGAAACCAUCAUUGAAGGUCUGCGUUCAUUUGCUGAGUCUACCUGCAUCCGCUUCACUCCCCUCGAUCGACAAGAGGACUUUGUGGACAUCCAGUCACUCUCCGGGUGCUUCUCAUUUGUUGGACGUCGCGGUAGAGGCCAGGUAGUGUCUUUGAGUCGUCAGGGAUGUGUUUUCCGGCAGAUCAUCCAACACGAGCUGCUGCACGCCCUGGGCUUCAACCACGAACAGACUCGGUCCGACAGGGACCAAAAUGUUCGCAUCUUGCUGGAGAACGUUAUUUCUGGAAUGGAAUCCAACUUCAGGAAGAUCCAAACAAUGAACCUUGGCACUCCUUAUGACUACAACUCGGUCAUGCACUACGGAAGGUUCGCCUUCUCUAAGAACAGGCAGCCGACCAUCGUUCCCAUCCCCAACGCCAAUGUAGCCAUCGGCAGGGCCACCCAGAUGAGUCCCAUAGACAUCCUUCGGGUGAACCGUCUUUAUCGCUGCAAUUCGACUGCGUUCAGGCCUGACCUGAAACCCAUGCAUAGAAACCAUUUCCUCUAGAGAUGAAGGUCCGCCGUGCUAUUGCCAACGCGAUGUAAAGAAAUCAAGACGAAAUGAGGCCACGCGAAGUAACUUCUUCUAGCAAAAGCAGAAAUACAUCUUGUGCUUAAUGAAUUUGCUUUAAUUAAGAAUUUAAUCAAAUUAGCUUGUGCUGUCCUAUGAAGAAAAAAAAAGAAAUGACAGAAAUCAACAGAAAUGUCCCCGUCCAUAACUAACUGCUUCUAUGCUUGAUACUUCUACUAAUAAUGAAUAAAACAUGUGUUCACACAUUUUACAUCA